AUGGGUCUCCUAUCGCCCCGAGGAAUGCCGUGGUCCAAAGAGCCACCCAAGCCCAAGGCGCACAUCCAAGCGUUCAUCCGCCAGAACGAAUCUCAAGAGCGGCUGGACAAGCCGCCGGCACCAGUCAGAAGCUACAGCUCACCUUCUUCCCGCCAAACGCAGUGGCCAGAGAAGAGCAGUGCACCCAUGCCGCCCCAGCAAACGACCAGAUGGACCAACGCAAGGCCGCCUGCCAAGCGGGCCGAGACGGAGCCCUUACCAAUGCUCCCGCCAAGGCCACUGAACUGUCGGCCGGGUGAAGGUCCCAAGUUUGGCUUCCUUAGCAAGGACGAGUAUUGGACACCGAAAAGCAACGCUGCCAUCAUGAGAGAUGAUGCGAUGUACUAUGAUGAGAGAAGAAGAUGGUUCGAAAACCAGGCCGACGUUGACAAGGCCAACUGCUCAAGCGUCACAGGAGAUGUGGUAAUACCUGCGACGGCGACUGGGGUCAUCACGUUCAACGACCUUUUGAAUAUACAAGGAGAGUUUCGGGUGGAUAGUUGCAAGGGAGAUGGAUGCUCGUUGGUUGGGAUUUCGAGCAGGAACCUGACGAGGAUCGGCGGGAGGCUGUACAUUGAAGGGGCGUCGAGGUUACAGUCUGUCAAGCUACCGGGCCUGCGCAAGGUGAGAGGUGACUUGCACCUCCUCGAUCUUCCAUCGCUCAACGAACUCGACCUAGUCAGCAUCAACAACGUGGGCAGCUUUCACUUGGUGUCGGCGCCAAAGCUCCUCCAAGCCAAGAUAGGACUUGGUCGCGGAAUCAGCACGGAUCCCGACGUCGGACUCAAGAAUAUAACCGGAGAGGCAACAGGAGCCGGCGAGGCCGUGGUGGAGGUGCGCAAUGUCGGCUUGUCCAACCUGAAUGGGCUCAUCGACUUUUGGGACGCCAAGAGGCUCAUCGUUGAAAACCUGCCCAACCUCCACCGCCAGACGUUCCGGGUUCGCAACGUGGAGGAGAUGCGCGUGGUUGGCAACGACAACAUGACCCUUUACUUUUGGGAAGAGAACCUGAUGGAGGAGACACCUGGUCCCAACAUCACCCGUUUGCACGUCAGCGGGAUCCGCCACAUAUCGCCGUGUCUUCACCCGGUCGUUCACGAGUUCAUCGCCGACAACAAUCCCCGCCUCGAGUAUCUGCACUUUAACUUUGAAAAGCUCGCCCGGCUAGACGUGCACGAUAACCCGAACCUCAAGAAGAUGGUGAGCUGGGCGAAGCUUAAUAGGUUCUGGAAGGACAUACACAUACAGGACAACCCCCAGCUCAGGCUGAGCCAGUUCCCGGCGCGCGCACCCGACGACAACUUGACGGCGUACGACUGCCCGGCUUUCUAUAACGCGUUCAGAGACCAGUGGGCAUGGUUUCCGAAUGUUUUCAACAGUGUUGUCAUCUCGGCCGACAUUGACAAUACUUUUUUCAACGAAACAUGGACAAGCCUAUACCUCGACUCGUCCGGCCCCGGCACAACAAAGCCCAAGGUCAUGGACGCGUUUGUGGUUAAAUCAUCCAACGACACCUUCAACUGUCAAGACCUCAACUUGCUACGGACGGAGAAAGGAGCAUUCCCGGGCACGUAUUCUUGCCAAGGCGAGACGUUGCCGGCGGGGUCGGGCGUGAGCCUAGAGGCACCAAUGAGGGUGGCUCUUGUUAUUGCUGCUAUGAUUGGUGCUCUGCUCUUGGUGCGCAUUCUCAACAAGCAUCCUAAAGUACUCCUCAAACCAAGCUCCAGCGCGCGUGGCGCCCUCCAUGCCGCACUCGCCGUCAGACUCACCACCGGGCUUGACCCAGACGAUACUGUCGACGUGGGGGUUCUCAACAGGCGUGCCGGGGGCGAUGCCGAAGCCCGCAGGCUCGACGUUGCACCACUCUCCCCACUCCUUGCGGGCGCCGGGCAGGUGGACGCGGCCCUGGUCGAUGAGGAAGCGCGACGGCAGGCCCUCGGCCUCGAGGUGCGGGGCGAGCGACAGUGCGUAGUGCGACUCGUCGUAGGAAUUGGACCACUCGGUGUAGGGCUCGAGCGGCUCGGGCAUGAUGAAGGGGUUGUAGUUGGACACGUUGGUCACGACGCCGCGCACCGUCGAGUUGCCGCCCGCCAUGCCGACGACCUUGGCGAACUCCUUGGCCGUCGGGGCCAGGUUGUCGUCCCAUCCCAGCCAGCCGCCGUGCGCGGCGUCCAGGUACAGGUGCACGUGGUCGAACUGCAGCGACCGGAUGGCGUGGGCGAUGCCCUCCUCGUAGACGGGCGCCGCGCGCGCGCAAAACUCGACCCCCAUGUUGGUGACGAGGUUCGCGAGCGAGUCGGGCUCCAGCACCACGGCAAAGGUGAGGUCCGCGGCCGCGGCGAGCUUCUCGGCAAACGGCGCCACGUACGUCUCCUUGUACAGCCGCAGCCCGUCCUUGGUCGAGUCGAGCUCGCCCGCCGACUCGCCCGCGCUGCAGUCGCGGUCGGGCAGGUUGUAGUGCACGAGGCCGACGAUCUGGUCCUCGCCCGUGGCCUUCUUGGCGGCGCGGGCGCCCUCGAUGGCCGCGUCGAUGUCGGGCAGCGACGCAAUGUUGGAGAUCCAGACAAAGGUGCCCGUCUGCUGCACCUUGCGGACGCGUGCGGCGUUGGCCGAGUCGCCGAUCGACUCGUAGUGCGCCAGCGCCGGCUCGGCCUUUUCGGCCCACUCCGGGUUCGCAAACAGCUUCUUGCCCUCGAACGGGUUGGCGCCUUCUUGUCGGCGCAGGUGGCGGGGGGACGAUGCGCGGUUGCGCGGCAUGGCGCUGACGCCGACCGUGGCCGUCAGCCCCAGCAGGACCGUUGA